CUUCCGCUUUCCCGCGGUACUGGGCCUGGCCCGAGCCUGACUUCGCCGGCAGCCUCCGGGAGCCCGGGGCCCUCCGGGCCGGCAGGAUGUGGCUGAGCCCGGAGGAGGUGCUGGUGGCGAACGCGCUGUGGGUGACGGAACGCGCCAACCCCUUCUUCCUGCUGCAGCGGCGCCGCGGCCACGGCAAGGGCGGCGGCCUCACGGGUCUUCUUGUGGGAACGCUGGAUGUUGUCUUGGAUUCCAGUGCCAGAGUCGCCCCUUAUCGAAUCCUUCACCAGACUCAGGACUCACAGAUCUAUUGGGCCGUUGCUUGUGGUUCUUCCCGUAAGGAGAUCACAAAACAUUGGGAAUGGCUGGAAAGUAACUUGCUACAGACAUUAUCCAUCUUUGAGAAUGAAGAAGACAUCACUACUUUUGUCAAAGGCAAAAUACAUGGCAUCAUUGCUGAAGAGAACAAGAACCUGCAGCCUCAGGGAGAUGAGGAUCCAGGAAAAUUCAAAGAAGCAGAACUGAAGAUGCGGAAACAGUUUGGAAUGCCCGAAGUGGAGAAGCUGGUCAAUUACUAUUCCUGCAGCUACUGGAAAGGACGUGUGCCCAGACAGGGGUGGUUGUACCUGACGGUCAAUCACCUUUGUUUCUACUCCUUCCUUUUGGGCAAAGAAGUAACCCUGGUAGUCCAGUGGGUGGAUGUAACUGAAUUGGAGAAGAAUGCCACCCUUCUAUUCCCUGAGUGCAUCAAAGUUAACACCAGGGACAAGGAGCUGUACUUCUCCAUGUUCCUCAACAUCAAUGAGACUUUCAAGCUUAUGGAACAGUUGGCCAACAUUGCCAUGCGUCAACUGCUAGACAACGAAGGCUUCCUGGAGGACAAGUCCCUCCCCAAGCCUGUUAGGCCUCUCAAAAACAUCUCAGCCUUAAAAAGAGAUCUGGAUGCCAGAGCCAAAAAUGAAUGCUACCGAGCAACUUUCCGGUUGCCAAAGGAUGAACGGCUAGAUGGACAUACUGACUGUACUUUGUGGACCCCAUUCAAUAAGAUGCAUAUCCCUGGCCAGAUGUUCAUCUCCAACAAUUAUAUUUGCUUUGCCAGCAAAGAAGAGGAGGCAUGUUACCUCAUAAUUCCACUGAGAGAGGUGACAGUGGUUGAAAAAGCUGACAGUUCCAGUGUGUUACCUAGCCCACUGUCAAUUAGCACAAAAAGUAAAAUGACCUUCUUGUUCGCCAAUCUGAAGGACCGAGACUUUUUGGUCCAAAGAAUCUCUGAUUUCCUUCAGAAAACAUCAGCUAAGAAGACACAUGGAAACAGAGAGAAGGCUGGGGUCAUGGACCCAGCACAGGAGGAAACUUUUUUUUAACCUGCUCUAUCUUUUUCUCAGGAAGGCAAUGAUCUACCUGCCAGCCCAUCCUCCACCCUUAGCAGUUCCCUGACCUCCUUCUUAGAAGAGGCUCCAACUGCUUCUCAUGGACUUCUCAAACUUUUUCAAAAAAACUCAUCCAUAGAGUUUCUUGGACCCAAGGGGGCAAAGGAGAAGAUGAAAGAAGAAUCUUGGAAUAUUCAUUUCUUUGAGUAUGGACGUGGCAUGUGCAUGUAUCGUACAGCAAAGACCCGGGAGCUGGUCUUAAAAGGCAUUCCUGAAAGCCUCCGGGGAGAACUCUGGCUUCUGUUCUCAGGAGCAUGGAAUGAGAUGGUGACCCACCCCGGAUACUACUCUGAGCUGGUGGAGAAAUCUAUGGGCAAGCAAAGUGUUGCUGCUGAAGAAAUUGAGCGAGAUCUGCACCGUUCCAUGCCUGAGCAUCCAGCCUUCCAGAAUGCAAUGGGCAUUGCUGCCCUCCGGCGAGUGCUAACAGCUUAUGCUUACCGAAACCCAACUAUUGGAUACUGCCAGGCCAUGAACAUUGUGACGUCAGUGCUUCUUCUGUACGGCAAUGAGGAAGAGGCUUUCUGGCUGCUGGUGGCACUCUGUGAGCGGAUGCUGCCUGACUACUACAACACCAGGGUGGUAGGUGCCCUUGUAGACCAAGGCAUCUUCGAAGAACUCACAAGAGAAUUCUUGCCUCAACUCUCAGAGAAGAUGCAAGACCUUGGGGUUAUUUCAACCAUCUCGCUCUCCUGGUUCCUUACUCUCUUCCUCAGUGUCAUGCCCUUUGAAAGUGCUGUGGUCAUUGUCGACUGUUUCUUCUAUGAGGGGAUCAAGCUCAUUUUGCAGGUUUCCUUGGCCAUCCUUGAUGCCAACAUGGAGCAACUAUUGAAUUGCAAUGAUGAAGGUGAAGCCAUGACAGUUCUGGGCAGAUACCUGGAUAAUGUGGUGAAUAAGCAGAGUGUUUCUCCACCUAUCCCACACCUACAUGCCUUACUUACCAGUGGGGACGAGCCUCCUCCUGAAAUCGAUAUUUUUGAACUCCUUAAAACAUCCUAUGAGAAAUUUAGCAGUUUAAGGGCAGAUGACAUUGAACAGAUGCGAUUCAAGCAAAGACUAAAAGUCAUCCAGUCCUUGGAGGACACAGCCAAGAGGAGUGUGGUCCGAGCUAUAUCUAGUGACAUUGGCUUUUCCAUGGAAGAGUUAGAAGAGCUUUACAUGGUGUUUAAGGCCAAAUACCUGAUGAGCUGUUACUGGGGAAAUAACCGCAUGUCAGCCAUUCGCAGGGACCAGAGCCUCCCCUAUCUGGAACAGUACAGAAUUGAUGGGAACCAAUUCAGGGAUCUCUUCGUCAGCCUGACCCCCUGGGCCUGUGGCUCUCAUACCCCAGUGCUGGCAGGGCGGAUGUUCAGACUUCUAGAUGAAAACAAAGACUCUCUCAUCAACUUCAAGGAGUUUGUGACAGGGAUGAGUGGGAUGUAUCAUGGGGACCUGACAGAGAAGCUUAAAGUUCUUUACAAGCUCCAUCUUCCUCCAGCUCUGAGCACAGAGGAAGCUGAGUCAGCUCUGGAGGCAGCACACUACUUCCCAGAAGACCUCUCUACAGAAGUAUCUCCUUUUGUCUCAGAUCUGGAUCUCUUCCUGCACUGUGAGACUCCAGCAGCAUCUCCUGAAGAGAAAGAAGGAAGUAGAAAUGGAGACUUCAAAGAGAAAAGAGAAGAGAAGGGGGCCAACUCCCCAGACUAUAGGUACUACCUUCAAAUGUGGGCCAGUGAGAAAGAGUCCAAGAAAGAAACUAUUAAGGAUCUUCCCAAAAUGAGCCAGGAGCAAUUUAUUGAAUUGUGCAAGACCCUUUAUAAUAUGUUCAGUGAGGACCCAGUGGAGCAGGAGCUGUAUCAUGCCAUCGCCACUGUGGCCAGCCUGCUUCUUCGAAUUGGAGAGGUUGGCAAGAAAUUCUCCAGCCGGCCCCCAAAAAAAACAGAAGGCCACUCAGCCAGCAAUGAACAGGACUUGACAAGUGAGGAAGAGUCCCUCCCAUCCGAACCCAGGCACAGCUCAGCUGGGGAGCAGCAUUCCUCUAUGGACCCAGAACACAAAGCUGGGGGAGACAUGCAGUCUGGAAAGACACUUCGGGAGAGCCAGCUUGUGAGUGAGGAGGGGCGAGGAGAAGGACGAGGGUCUCCCUCCCAGCCCUUGUCAGACGAUGAGACCAAAGACGACAUGUCCAUGUCUUCCUAUUCUAUGGUGAGCACCAGCUCCCUGCAGUGCGAAGACAUUGCUGAUGACACUGUGCUGGUAGGCUGUGAGGCGGGCAGUCCUGCCUCUAGGUAUGGCAGCACCAUUGAUACCGAUUGGUCCAUAUCCUUUGAGCAGAUCUUGGCUUCCAUACUUACAGAGACUGCGCUGGUGAACUUCUUUGAAAAAAAGGCAGAUAUUGGCCUGAAGAUCAAGGAACAGAAGAAGAUGGAAAGGCAGUUCAGCUCCUCCAGUGACUAUGAACUCUCCUCCAUUUCAGGCUGACCCUCAUGCGAAUGAACAAACAGUAAGGGUUUAGAAGGUAACUGGGUAAGAAUUGGACCAUUGUGGCACACAAGGUGAGAGGAUUUUUUUUUUUUAUUUUAACAAACAAGCCUAGAAUUCUCUACAACAUCAGUGACAGGCAUAAUUACAAAGGCAGGGGUUUUCCCAAAUGGCUAUUGAAUAUAGACACCUUGCUUCUCUGGCCAAAAUUGUUUGGGGCCAUGGAAGAGCAAAACUGUUGUAAUCUUACUGCUCUCAGAAACUCCUGGUGCCACACAGUAAGUUAUGCACGUCUGCCUCUGCUUGUCUAAUUUUCAGGAGUUAUUAUUAAAGCAGUGUUUGUUUGGGGGGCAGCUGCCCUCUACACCACACCCGGCCUUCAUAGGUUCCUGGGUGAUUUUGCACAGAAGACAUAGCUUAACAGGAAACCCGUCCCCUCCUGUGACCACCUGCCCGUAAGCUGCCACCCAGUAUAAAUGCCACAGGGCCCUCCUGGCCUCUGAGGGCAGACUCACUCCCAGGACCACUGCUGCACCCAGCCAGCUUGCUCUAGUUCAUGUGACCCUCUGCUCCUCGUCAUCCUUUCGGUCUUUGGUUCCCUGGCCUCAGUGACCUACGGGCGCAGCUCCAGCUGGGCUCUCCCUUAGCCUUUUGCCAGGAAAUAGUCUUUGUUUUAACCCUUCAUGUGUGAGUCAGGUGCUAAAAUCAUCCGUCCCUUCGGGUGGUGCUGUAGGGAGGGCAGUGCUCACUGAGGUCCAAGCCAGGAGGGAUGAUGGAGAGGAAUUUCUUAAAGCAGGCCUCUGACCUGGGGAGAGGAGCAGAUGUAAUUACUGCUGCUUUCCUUAUUAGCCAUUUCCUGCUCUUCACUAUUAACAUUUAGAAGCGCACCAGAUAUUUCUUGGCAUAUCUUAUUUUAGUCAUUUAAGUUUGCUUAAAAGUGAAUCACUGUUCAGUGCCUACCUUAUAAAAUGCCCUGAAAGGAAAGUGCUGUCCCUCCCAGCAUGUGGCCCAGAAGCGUCAGCAGCUUCCAGACAUCCAAAGAGGUGGUUUCUCCAGAGCUGUUGGGAGCAGAGCCUAGGGCAGAAGGAAUCUCUUCCCUGGAGACCCCUCUAGGGCAGAGGGAGGUACCGCAGAUAGCUGAUGUGGGUUUAGAAGGAGGGGCCGUGUGAUCCCCCUCACACAGCUCCUGCUCAGCUCCUCAGACCCUAGCUAAGACUUGGUGCUCUCCCUCACUUGGAAGAAAGGGACAGACCAGGAAAGUCUGUUCUCCUUCCUACAGAGCCAGGCAAGGAUAGGGAGAAGGAGGGAGGGAAGAGGCUGUGUUCUGGUUGAGCCCACUACAAAAGGUACCCAUGGGAGGAAGUUUUGGAAGGCAAGAAAAAAGUGUUCAGUGUGAGGCCCUCCAUGGCCUUUCCCCUGAGAGGGAUGCCUCCCCUAGGUGUCCUUGGCUUCUUCCUUCUGCCUUCUCAGCUAUGGCCAGAAACCCUCCUGCUUUUUACUAAAUGUUGUAACUUAUUGUAAUUGAUUUUAAAAUAAAAAUACUCUACAUGAACUUA